AUGUCUGGUGAAGCCGAACCGCGACGCUCAGUUCGAGCGACCAAGGGCCAACAUACAAAGGCCUUUGACGAACUCGAGCCAGCCACCGCGCCGAAGCGCCGACAGAAUAGAAAGUCGAAAAAGGCCCAGGAGCAGGAACAGUCGCAAGAACCAGAGGAAGUCAUACGAUGCGUUUGUGGCGCCACGGAGCAGGAUGAGGACUCAGGAGAGGCCUGGAUCUGCUGUGAGACGUGCAUCGUUUGGCAGCACAAUGUCUGCGUCGGGGUAAGCUCCUUUGAAGACGAGAUACCCGACAAUUACUGGUGCGAGCAGUGUCGCCCGCAGGACCACAAGGAUCUGCUCGACGGCAUGGCCAAGGGGGAGAAGCCCUGGGAAGCGCGCCGCAAGAAACACGAGCUGGAAGAGGCCGAGGAGAAGAAGAAGAAGAGGGGCGGGAGGAGGGCCCGCGGCAAGAGGACGAGCGAUCCAAAGGAGGCCAAGGACGCAAAGGAGGAACUGGAAAAGGAUACCCCUCGAAGCAAGUCCAAGGCUUCGCCCACUCCAGAGGCUGCUGCCCCCAAGGACAAAAAGGAGACUGUCGCUAAGCAGGCGAAGCGCAAGUCGCGAGAAGACUCCCACGAAGCCGAUGGAAAGACCGUCAAACUGCGCCGCGUAUCAGAGCGCGAUGCCGUCCCCGUGUCUUCCAAGUACACGCCCCCGUCCGACCUGGCGGCCUCGGUAGGGGAGCUGCCCGGCGUCAGGGUCGGGCCCGCCAAGGCAUUGAAGAAGUCUCUCUCUCACGUCAUUGCUGCCAUGGUCAAGAGUCAAGAGCUCCAUCUGGCUGAAGGCGAAAACGAGGAGGCCGUUGCGGAAAAGUACGCUCUUCAGAUCGAGCGAGCCGUCUUCGACACACACCCCGUCGGCAAGGGUCAGAAGGAGUAUAGUCAGCAGAUAAAGUCGUUGACGUUCAACCUGAAGAACAACCCCGAGCUGUGCCGCGGGCUGCUGGGCGGCAUCCACCUACCCACGACCUUGGCUAUCAUGACGUCCGAGCAGCUCGCAUCGGCGGAGCUGCAGCGGCAGACGGCCGAGAUGAGGGCGCGGGCGGAGAAGCAGUCUAUCCUGUACACCUCAGAGACGGGAGUCCGAGUCCGCAGGACACACAAGGGCGAGGAAGUGGUGGAAGACGAAAACAUGGCAACGGGAGCAGACGACCCGCACGCGCCGCUUGUCAAGCGCGAGUCGAUGAGCGGAGAGCGGGCCGAUCUCAAAGGCCGCUCUCCGUCGUCGCAGGGGCACUCGCAGCAGCCGUCGCCGAGCCAGCCCAACUUUGACAUCAACAAGGUCUUCUCGACGGUCAGAUCCCCGACGGUGGGCCACGGCCGCAAGCCGUCUGUGCCGGCAAUCAACACCAACGGCCCGGGCUUCGACCCGGACGUCGACCGGAUGCUCGAGGACGAAAACGAGUCGCCGCCGUACUCACCCACCGAGGAAGCGCAGGACCCGGACGUGGUGUGGCGGGGAUCGCUGGCUAUGAGCUCCAUUGCCGACUUCCAGGCCACGGCCAAGCACGUCGGCGGCGCCAACUUUGCGUCGUUCGGGCCAUGGACCAAGCUGAUCCCGAAGAGCAUGACGGUCGCCGGCCGCAUCCCGCAGCAGAGCGCAAUCGAGUAUCUGUGCAGCCUGCGGUACAGCAACCUCACCGACAUUGUGGUGGUGAGCAUCGCGCCCGCGUCUCCGGGCUCGAGGCAAGACUUCCACAACCUCAUCGACUACUUUGUGAGCAAGAAGCGAUACGGCGUUGUCGGCAAUAAGGUGGCGGGCAACGUCCGCGACACGUACCUGGUGCCCGUGCCGGCGGGCGAGGGAGGGCAUCCCGAGUUUAUGCUGAACCUGGUGGACAAUUACAUCCCCAAGUCGCGAACGGAGCCGAUGCUGCUGGCCGUCUUUGUGUAUCGCAACGAGCCGGAUCAGCUGAGGAAGGCUCUCGAGGCGGUGACGGUGCAGCCCGCGGGCGUGACGGCGACUCCGACGCCGGGCCCAGGCGGAUAUGGAGGGCAGAGGAGCAACUCGACAUCAGGGCCGGCCUUUUCACCGGCCACUCCGCAAGGGGCCUUUGUUCACCAACAGCCGCCGCCGCAGCAACAACCACAACCGCCCCCGCCACCACGUCCUCAGCCGCAUCCGCAGCAACAUGUCGGCGGAGCCCUCCAGUCCACGACGCCCGUUCCGAUUCCGCAACCCCCGUACUCGUAUCGCCCGAACCAAGCGUCCCCAAUAGGCGGGGGGCCAACGCCGAGCCUGUCACCCACGGCAUCGGCACCGGCACCAACGCCUCCACCGGCUCAGAUGACGGAGGCGCAGAGAUAUCAAGCGCAGAUUACCGGGCAGGCGGUCGCUCAGGAGGUGCUGGGCGGCCUGAUCAGCGCGCCCACAGUGCAGUUCCUCCUGCCGCAGGCCUUUCAGAUGACGCGCAAGGAGUGGGAAGUCAUCAAGACCGUCUACGAACGCGAGCCCCGGUCCCGCGACGACUUGCAGUACCUCGGGGCCCUGCUGGAGAAGGAAGGAGCGGGGAGCAAGGCGGAGAAUAACCCGACCACAGCCGCCGCUGCUGCUGCGGCGGCGGCUGGUGGUGGUGGUGGUGGUGAGAAGCCGGCGUAA